CGUCAUUCUUAUAUUUCUAUUGGCAUAUAUCACGACGCUCAUGAAAUGUAUUAGCAUUUUCACUGCCACCGUCGUGUAACGCGUAGCCUACUAUUAAUCGAAUAAUCUUUUCUUCACACUCAGUUUGGUUUAUUUCGCUCUGCUGGCCUUAUGAAACUACGCUUAGUAAAGAAAUAAAUUCAGCAAAAACGUCAAUGGUACCGCGAAUAAAAAAAUUUAUGGAACAAUACCACCAGCUGCUGUCGAAAACUGUCUGCACAAGAUGAUGCUGAUAAUUAUUGUUGUAGUCUAUUUAAUGGCAGGAGUCCGAGCGCAGGCAAACUGGCAAAACAUGCGAGAAUUCGUACCGUCAGAAUUUUUCAAUAAAUUUGAUGAAAAGGUUUCUCAAACUGAGGCGUUGAAAUUUGAUUUUCCCAGAGAUAAAAACUUUGUUUACGGCAAAUAUCCCAAAUGUUAUCCGAUCAGAUUGUCAUCAGAGCCAGACGAGGUACCCAAAACAGAGAAGAAAACAGUUAGGAACACAAAUUGUACAGAUAGAGAAUGCUUUCACAUCACUCAAUAUGGAUCGUCUAAAUGUAACAAAAUGGUUGAACUCUACAGGCCGUUUAAACAUGUCGCGGUGGAAUGCAGGUUUCCUCAAAAUGUAUGUGCCCAGUGUGGCAAACAUUCAAUAAACAAAUAUGAAUGUCAGACCAUUUGGUGCGUUGGUGAGAUGUUGACAAUCUACAAAGAAAAUGGGAAACUGUACCAAGGAUAUCUUACAAUUAAGAAACCAUGUAAAUGCGAUUGUAGAAAGAAAAAAAACAGAUCGACUUAGUGGAAAUGACAAAGAAGGAAGAAAAUGGCUUAAUGGCUGGAAUAUUCCUAUUUUGAACUGUAAAAAAUAUGGACAUGUCUAUGGCAUUCGUAUGUGUAAUAAAUGAACGUAUAAAAAUGAGAGUGAUUCGAAAAUCCUAUUUGUUUCUCAUUUCUAAUCGAUAAUGUACUUUGUAGGUGUAUCCUUUAAUUAAAGUUUGAACCAUAAUAAUCAAAUAUAUAUAAAAUCAUUAUUCAAUUCUCUAACAAUUUUUAAGUCUUAAAUAUUAUUAAAAUACAGGCACUUAUGAGAACGAAAUUCUAGCGAAAGUCUCCAAUAAAUAAUUAUACUUGUUGAAAGAAGUUAGAGAAUUUUUGAUAUAAAAGUAAUAAAUACGAAUGUCCCAAAACUAAUUUGAUUCAUAGAAUUUUGCUUCUAU